UGCAAGCUGAUGACAGCAGUUUUAAAUUGACAGGGUGCUCCCGGGGAUUUUAUGUUUAAACGGCCGUCAAUGCCAUUCGCACCGUCGCUAAACAAAAACAUUAGCCUGCGCUCAUCUUGCACACUCCGUGUUCUAAUCUGGAUUUCCCUGGGGAAUUUGAAGUCGAAAUCAGGGCUCAGGGUCUUGUUGGCCAUUAGGGAUUCUCCAAAUUCACUGCCCCGACACACCGAGGAAUCCUUCUGCCUCACCGAUCCAGGAUCUGGCCACCAGCCACACCGCCGACACAAUGACGACCGAAACGCCUACAGAGACACAGGAAAAGACAGUCGCGGACAAUGCAGCGAUGGACGUCGAUCAGGCCGAAGAAGGUGGAGAAAAUGGGGCAGAUCUCAGGCACAAACAAUUGGAGCGCAAAGUGGAUGACGAAGGGGCGAAGGGCGCAGCGUCAGGCGGGAAGAGCGCUCCAAGCACAACAGGCCCGACGGGAAAGGCUUACAGGCGAAAUGGUCCCCCAAUCGACCGUGAGAAGGUUUGCCCGUUCCUCUUGCGAUUAUAUGUGAAUACAAAAGAAGCAUACAAUGCGGACGAUAUUCAGCGUGGCGGCGUGCCGGAAAAAGACGAACACAGGAUUCACACUUGGAAAAAUGCGACUCUCCGUGAGCUUGCGUCGCUCCUGACUACCGAGUUCCCAGAAGCAGCUGAGCGCAACGCAGUUAUCACCUUUCACAAUGUUGUCCGACCGGUAAACAAGGACACCCGAUACCGCGUCCACCAACUCGGCGCCGUGCUCAACUUCAAACCGACUUACGAUGAUCAGAAAACACUAGAGCAGAGCGCUUUCAAAAUUGGUGACGGCGUCUUGGUAUCCAUCAUCCUUACAGACCCGGCACAGUACUUCGCACGCCCGCCUCAGUUUGGAGGUGCGAGCAAUGGACACGGUCCCCAGCAUGGAGGGAUGGCAGGACCUGGGGCGGUGCAUCCUGAGCGGAGAGAUAGUGCGAGGUUCUUCGGCAUUGGGUCGGGGCGUGGGCGAGAUGAAGGUGGAUUUCGUAGUGGGGACAGAGGUACUCGACGACAUGAGCCAUAUGCUAACGCAUUUGCCAACCGGAGGGGAGGCCGGGGGGGUGGCAUGGGAGGGGAGCGGUGGGGAGCCGAUCGCAGGGGUGACGACAGGAGAGCCCAUUGGUAGAGUUCUUACAGGGACGGAGCUAGGGUGGAUGUAGUCUGCUCACAAUGCGCUGGGUGGAGGCGGUUCCCACGGGUGCACAUUUGCGCCGCGAUUAGUGUAUAUAUGUUACAUACUGAAUACCGUAGUACUCGAAAUACCACUUCGGU